AUGGGUUCUACAAGUCCGACAUCCGCCGCCGCUCCGACUUCACCGACAUUAGCCAUGUCAUCGAGUGAACCGAAGAGUGAGGAAGGGAAAGACAUGUUGCCCGAUCUGCCUGUGACACCACGUCGACGUCAUCGUGCACAUCUAACGAUAGGAGAUGACCCUCCUACCUCUCCUCAUCCUCCCUCUUUCGCUCAGUCAGAAUUCGAGACUAUCAUACGCCGUCAAAGGAAUAACAGGCCACACAAUAUAAAAGCACCUCCUAACCUCCGCACGCGGUAUCCCAACUUGGACCAUGACUGGGAAUUCGCAGGCUGGGGACAGACGUCCUACCUCGAGCUAGUCCAAUCUGACAUCACGUGUGCUCAAAAGGAGUUAGAUUCACGUGGUGACACACCCAAGAUGGGACAAUUCAUCGCUUCUGCUCUGGCGGGGAACGACAUUAUCGGUUCAGUCUUCUACGCUUUCCCAGCAGUGGCAGCAGCUUGUGGGAUAUACAGUCCUAUAGCAUUGUUAUUCAGCAGUGUCAUCCUCCUCCUCUUCAGGCCUGUGCUGCUCGAACUUGUCGCUGCUGUCAGGCUCAACGGGGGGACGUAUGCCUACCUACUCCAGUUCUCGGGCAAGAGCCUAGCAGCUGUAGGAGCAGCAGCAACCAUGCUCGAUGCUGUGUCCACUAGCACCGUCUCUGCCGCUACGGCAGGGAGCUACCUCGUCGGCGAGCUAACUGUAGGGAACUCAAGGCUCGUAGAGAUCCUCUUGGGCGUGGCUUUCCUUGUCAUCAUAGCCUUUAUCGCUCUCGCAGGACUGAGAGAAAGCGGCAGUGUAGCACUAACGAUGCUCACCGUGCACAUCCUAGUCAUGCUCGCUCUCAUGCUCGCUGCUCUCAUCCACUGGGCACGCACAGACUCCUCUCUCCUAGCCUACAACUACACCUUCCACCCACCCACGCUCUCCCAGACCCUGCGCACAAUAUUCAACGGCAUAUGUAUCGGUUUCCUCGGCGUGACAGGGUUCGAAUGCACACCGACAUACAUCGAGUCCCUCCGUCCAGGUGUCUUCCCUCACGUGUUGAGGAACCUCAUCGUAGCAGUCACGCUGCUGAACGCGCCGCUCAUGCUCUUGGUACUCGCUUGCAUGCCAAUGGAACAGAUAACGGGGGGGACGAACGUGCUCAGCUUAUUGGCAGAACGCGUCGCUGGCCGCUGGCUAAGGAUCGUCGUUGUCGUAGAUGCGGUCGCUGUCCUCCUAGGCGGGGUGCUGGCGGGGAUAGUGAUGCUCUGCGGGCUAGUAGACCGGUUAGCGCACGACCACACCCUCCCCGCGCUGUUCCUCCGCCGUCUCCCACUGACGCAAUCCGAAUACCCCUCGAUCCUAUUCUCCCUCCUCCUCUCCCUGAUCCUUUACGCCUCCUGCGGCUUCCAACUCGAUCUCCUCAGCUCGAUGUUCGCCAUCGCCUUCCUUUUCCUUCUGGCGCUCUAUCCUAUAUCGCAUGUCUUGCUCAGGUUUAAUAGGGAUCGCUUGCCGAGAACGUAUAGGGCUAGCUUGGGGUACAGUGUCCUAGCCGUGGGGUGUAUGGUCGUCCUCUGGGUAGGGAACAUAAUCCAAGACCCAAAAACGAUAGGCCUCUUCGCAGGCUACUUCGGCCUCGUCUGGCUCACACUCUGGACCUCCAAAUCCCAAGUCCUGAUCGCACGUCUCGCUCUGUGGGUCUACGACCAAGCUGGGCUAUAUAGGCUCACGGGGCUGAGGGGGAUGGAUAGGGGUGUUGGGAGGCUUAUGGGGAGGUUGAGGGCUAGGGCUGUGGGGGUUUGGGUCAAGACGGAUGAUAUGUUCAGCCUCAUCCAAUCCAUACUCUACGUACAGCAAAACGAAGCCACGACGCGGAUCGUCUUCGUCCACGCGUAUCAAGCAGCGGGGGAUAUCCCCUCGGAGAUGGAAGCCAAUUGUAAGCUUGUGGACGAGGCGUUUCCCUCGUUGACGAUCGACCUAGUCUUCGUUCAAGGCACAUUCUCCCCUAUCCUCGUUCAAGCCGUCAGCUCGAAACUUGACAUCCCCCCAUCGAGGAUGUUCAUCUCCUGUUUGUCCCCGGGUCAUAAGUUCCAAUUGGCGGAUUAUGCAGGGUUGAGGGUUAUCAGUCUCUGA